CUCUGAAAUCAAUUGAAAAGAGCAUGUUCAUUUUAGUUUUAGUACUCAGUGAAAGCGCCACUUCACUUUUUCUUAUCAGUGGACCUCUCUCUUUCUUCUAUUCUACCUUCCCAAAACAUCUCCUGCUAUCUAACUCUCUCUCUCUAGAUACUAACCAUGGAGGAAGACCAGCCACUAAACGGCAGUGGUGGAAGAACUGAUUCGCUGCUUCAGGGACCCAUAAGCGCCACGUUCCAUCUCCCUCUGACCCGCUACCCUAGCCAUCUUUUCUCUGGCGAGCACCGCCGGAUUCUUUUCGGCGAUUGCGGUGGCCGGAGAUCGAACCUUGAUGACGAAGAUGACGACGGAGAACGACCCUUUUCCGGCGAGAGCUGUUCCUAUUCGAAGCCAAUUUUAGUCCUUGACGUGAUUUGGAACUUGGCUUUCGUUCUCGUCUCGUUGGUGGUACUUUUGUCGACAUUUAAAGAGAAACCCUCGACCCCCUUGAGGGCUUGGAUUUGCGGGUAUUCUCUUCAGUGCGUUUUGCAUGUGGGUUUUGUUUACUUUGAAUAUCGGAGAAGGGGUUUUGCUGAUCUUCUCGGUUUCGGGGGUCUUUCAUUGUCUCGCAGACGCUCCUGCGUCAUGAAAAGGAUGGAGUCUUUGAAUACAAUUGUGUCAUCUAUUUGGUGGAUGUUUGGGUUCUAUUGGACUGUAGUGGGGGGCCAAACACUUUUGCAAGAUUCUCCACGCCUUUACUGGUUAACAGUGGUCUUCCUCGCCUUUGAUGUGUUCUUUAUUAUCUUUUGCAUCGGCGUGGCAUUUGUCAUUUUUUUGGCUCUCUGCUGUUGUAUUCCUGUUUUAGCAUUUGCCUAUUCUAUGGCAAUUAGAAAUGGUGCCUCAGAAGAUGAUAUUAGGAGUCUUCCGAAGUACAGGUUUUGCCAGGGAAGUCCAUUCAUGAAUGAUGACAAUGAAAAGAAGCUAGAAAUUGUUAGAGUGGAGUUAGAGUCAGGCAGCAAUAACCACAUCAAUGAGCUUGAGCUCAACCCAGAAGAUUCUGAAUGUUGCAUUUGUUUGUCUCUAUAUGUCGAAGGAGUGGAGCUGUAUACUCUUCCAUGUAGCCACCAUUUUCACUGUGGAUGCAUAAGCAAGUGGCUCCGAAUAAAUGCAACCUGUCCACUUUGCAAAUUCAAUAUUCUCAGGAAUGAUACAUUGGUUUGAUAGCAUCACGGAGAAUGAAAAUCCUUUAAGCACCAUUUUAUGGAGGAAAAUUAGAAAGAUAUAAAAGUAGACAAUGAUCAUCUGCUGAACUGAUGGUAGAGGGAGGGAAAAUAUAGGGAAAAGAAAGAAAUAUUUUCUUUCAUUCAUGGCUUCCAUUCCCUAUCAUCAUUCAUGGAAAUUAUUUUCUUUCUCUUUUUUUAAAAACCUUAUUUGUAUAUAGGAUAUUGAACUUAGUUUAGGGUGAGUGUAUAUUAUGUAGAUGUGUUGAGAGAAGAAUGGCCAUUUUUAUGUACUAGUACUAUUACAUCAAUUUAUCCCCACCCUUCAUAAUUUCAA